AAUUAAAAACAUUAGGCGUUACAUUGGAAGUGAAACACAACAAACCAAAAUGAAUCACCUGAAAUGGAUGGGGCACUCGUCCACAAUAAUGGACCUACAACGCUCUCUGCGCAACGAUAUCCAAACAUGCGAGGUUGUGCUGGCCGCCAAAGACGGCUUCAGUGUACGCGCCCAUUCCUUCGUGCUCAGCACAUGCAGCGACCUGAUGCGGAAUCUCCUGGUGGAUGUUCCGCCGGGCUUUGAGGCCACCAUAGUGCUGCCCGAUGUCCGAGGCGAACUGCUGGAAAGCAUGUUGUCGUUCAUCUAUAUGGGCGAAACAGCCCUGCCGUCGGUGCUGCUCAGCGAGUUUCUAGAGGCUAUCAACCUAUUGGGCAUCAAAUCCGCCAUUAGCUUCGAGUGCAAUGCCGCCUCUAAUGUGGACCUAGGCGCUAGCGCUUUGGCGGUGGAGGCAGCUAAAUCAAUCAGCGGCCUGCAAAUCGCUCAAGCCGAGCUGAUUGAAGAAGAGGAGGAGGAGGAGGAGGCACAGACACAGAUGGCUGUGGCAGACGCAGUCCUGACGGAAGAACAGCCGCAUCAGCCAACACACACCAGCCGUCCGCUGGAGUUUCUCGAUGUGUACAACGAGACGCCAAAGAUCACGUACUCCAUUGAGCACAUGGGCGGCCACUCGAAUGGCAAUCAGUUUAUUCUAACAGAGAAUACGGGAGCGUUUACAAUCACACAGUCGGCGUCCAGUUUGUCCAAGCUGGAGACCUCUGAAAAUGCCACCAGUGGCGGCGAUGUGGAUAUGGCGGAAGAUGACGCGGAAGCUGAUGGUGAUACCAACAUAGAGGAGCCCGAAACACAAAUACUAGAGGAGGAAUAUCCCUCAGAUCCCUUGACUGAGAUGGGAGCGGAUGCCGAUUUGGACGACGAUGAAAUGCACGAGGAUCUGGUAGAUGAGGAGCUGCUGGAUGUGAAACCGCGCAAACUGGCUGUGGCCAAGCCGAGAGGCCGACGCCCCAAUCGAACGAAGAUUAUGAAGCGAACGCCGCCCAGGCAACAGCAACAGCAACAGCAGGAGCAGUUUCUCACCCUCAAAGCAGAAGGAAAAGAUGACAUUAACGAUGCCCUGGAUCUCGCGGCCGACGCCGUGAUACUCGAGGGACUAAGUCUGCAAAAGGCUGCCGAUCGUUAUGACAUUUCGAAGACGGUUUUGUGGCGUCGUGUGCGCACCAACCCCGCGUAUAUGCGAAGUAACCGCGAGAGACCAUCAUUGUCUGAAGCGUACGAAAGACUUAAAGUCGGCGACUCGUUAAAGAACAUCAGCCGGGAUCUGGGGAUACCCAUGUCAACCCUACAUAGACACAAAGUUCGACUGUCGGCGCAGGGUCGCCUGCCUGAGUUUGUGGCUUGCCGCCGCCGUGACACUACCCCCAAGGACGAGCUUCGCGAGAAACUGGCCAAGGCCGUCCAUGCCUGCAUGAUUCAGGGAAUGUCGCAGAACCAUGCGGCGAAUCUGUUCGAGAUACCCAAGAGCACACUCUGGCGGCACCUUCAGCGCCGCAUGUCCGCCGCGGAAAGAAAGGUAAAGAAGGAGGAACAGGACGACUAUGAUGAGGAGAUACUGAACUAGAUAUAAUAGAGUUAGCUAACGUUUUAGGAUCUACUCGUACAAUUAGGCUACUUACCAGUUAAGUUAAGAUUCUAAAUAAGUCUUAUCAUUAAAUCCCUCGA